AUGGAGGACGCGUCGUCACCACCGCCUCGACAACAGCAGAAUUGGCGCUCUACCGCCUCGACGAACUGGCGCGUGAAAGACGACACACCGCGCGUGGACCAGCAGCCUCGCGCGCGGUCCAACCGUAAUCAAAACGGGCAGCAAAAUACCAACUCGACCCAACCCGCCGACGAAGCGCUGGGAACGAGGCUCUACAUUGGCAAUCUCCUCUACACAGCUCAGCGCGCUGACGUCGAAGAGCUGUUCACCCAGAAUGGAUUCAAUGUCGUCGGGGUUAGUAUGUCCACGGAUCCCUUCACAGGACGAAACCCGAGUUACUGCUUUGUAGACGUGGAAAGCCCGGAAGAAGCCCAAAGGGCAAUGAGUGAAUUGAAUGGAAUGGACGUUCUCGGAAGAGCCGUUAGGGUCAGCCCCGGGGUGGCCAGAAGGCAGGGUCAGGGUCAGGGCCAGAGCCAGGGCAACGCCAGUGGCGCUGCAGGCGGGAGAGAGGUCAGAGUGAAGGAUUUCGAGCGAGGGUGGGGAAGGGUACGUGAGUCGAGAGAGCAGAAAGGUAUGCAAACGUCCAACAACGUCUUGUCGCGAGAGCACCCCCCGACCGUGAGAUUGACAAUACAUAAUCUGAUGCAUCCGCCCAAUACAGACACAGAAUACAACCCAACAUUUGACCGCUGGAGCCGCACCGACGCCAAUUCUCACUGGACUGCGCCCCAGUCAGAGGGACGACGGCUCUACCUCGGCAACAUGCCCCGAAUCGAGCCACAAUCGGCGCAUGACGAGGAAGUGCGGGCUCUCUUUGCCCAGUACGUCCCGGACGUCACGCCGACAGCGGUGUCCAAGCAGAUCUCACCACGUCCCCCCAAGCCCGAACAGCCAGGAAACCAGUACUACUGUUUUGUCGACUUGGAGCGGCCUGAGGAUGUCGACCUAGUGAUUGCGGCGUUGGAUGGCAAAGAGGGCAGUUGGGGUGGGAAUGUGAGGGUCAAUCGGGCCAAGGGUUCGGACAGGAAGGUCGUCAAGGAACAGGGCUUGGGCGGCGGCGACCGGCGAGCCUUUGGCGAAGGCAAUUGGAGGAAGGCAGAGCCGCACUCUGAGGGUCAGGAUUAA